GUCAAGUACUCAAGUGACAACUGACAAGUUGUAGAUACUUGGAGAAGUGCUUUUACUGUUUUAAACUCUUUGCUUUGGGUUAGGAAGUGAUAUUAUUUUAGUAUUGAUAUUAUAGUGUUCAGUUUAUUAAUUGUUUAUCAUCGAAUCAUCAAAGAGGCAAGCAAAAACAGUUAGAAAUACUUUCUAAGUACAAAAGCUUCUUUUUAUAAAAUUCAAUUCAUAAAAUCGUACUUCUCAGUUAUUUAAAAAUGUUGGAAGUUACGUGUAACGAUCGUUUAGGCAAAAAAGUAAGAGUCAAAUGUAACCCUGAUGACACUGUAGGCGAUUUGAAGAAACUUAUAGCGGCACAAACGGGUACCAGAUACGAUAAAAUUGUCUUGAAGAAAUGGUACACAGUUUUCAAGGACCACAUCAAACUGUCAGAUUAUGAAAUACAUGAUGGCAUGAAUUUGGAAUUAUAUUAUCAGUAAUGAAAAUAGUUUUUAAUGUUUUUUUUAUAAGUAAUAAUUAUUGAUGUAUUGAUAAGUAUGUGUAAAUAAAAAAUAAUGAUUUAAAUAA